AAUUCCUGAAAAACAUCAAUGUGUGGCCCUUGUCGAUGGAUGUAAGCAAUAAGUAUCUGGAAUUACUUUGGUGUGUUAUUUUCUAACCUGAAUUGUUGGAUUGAGCGGCUAGCACAGGAUCAAACGGACAGAGUGAGUGUUUUCUGUGCUUUGGUUGCAAGACUCCCUAAACCACCCAUGUAGGACAAGGCGGACACCCUUUUUGGUCGAAUAUCCUUAUCCUGCCCAACACUGGAUAAUGGAUUUAGGCCAGUGAGCAAGAGAAGAAAGCUAACAGCUGUUGGUACAAGUGCAUUGGGGUAUGCAGGUUUGAAGACCUUUCAUGGCUUUCAGGUAGAAGCAGAGAAUUCAUUGUCAGGAUGAACUCUAUGGACAGGCAUAUACAGCAGACUAAUGACCGUCUGCAGUGCAUAAAACAGCACUUACAAAACCCAGCAAACUUCCACAAUGCAGCUACAGAGCUCUUGGACUGGUGUGGAGACCCUCGAGCCUUUCAAAGACCCUUUGAACAGAGCCUCAUGGGCUGUUUAACGGUGGUUAGCAGAGUAGCCGCACAGCAAGGCUUCGAUCUGGACCUCGGAUACAGACUCCUAGCUGUAUGUGCAGCCAACAGAGACAAGUUCACUCCCAAAUCAGCCGCCCUCCUUUCUUCGUGGUGUGAAGAGCUGGGAAGGCUUCUCCUUCUACGUCACCAGAAGAGCAGACAAAGCGACCCCCCAGGGAAACUCCCCAUGCAGCCCCCCAUGAAUUCUUUGACCUCUAUGAAACCAUCCCUGUCCCACAGUGAUGGAUCUUUCCCUUAUGACUCUGUCUCUUGGCAACAGAACGCAAGUCAGCCCCCAGGAUCUCUUUCAGUGGUUACUACAGUUUGGGGUGUCACAAACACAUCGCAGAGCCAUGUACUGGGAAACCCAAUGGUUAAUGCAAACAAUCCUUUGAAUCAAGCUGGAAACCCCAUGGCAUCUGGCAUGAACAGCAAUAGUGCUGGCAUGAAUUCUCCUCAGUUUGCUGGGCAACAGCAGCAAUUUGCCACAAAGGGCGCAUCCAGCCAGUCCUAUAUGCAACAAAGCAUGUACGGACGCCCAAAUUAUCCAGGGGGAGGAGGAUUCGCAGGAAGCUAUCCUGGUGGACCCAAUAACCCCUCUGGAAUGGGCAUCCCAUCUCAUUCGCGACCACCUUCAGAUUUCACUCAGCCAGCGGCGGCUGCUGCUGCAGCUGCUGUUGCUGCUGCAGCUGCUACUGCUACCGCUACAGCAACUGCCACAGUGGCAGCGCUGCAGGAAACCCAGAAUAAGGACAUGAACCAGUACGGCCCAGUGUGUUCCUCUUUCCAGAUGGGUCCUGCUCAGGCCUACAACAGUCAGUUCAUGAACCAGCCUGGCCAACGAGUGCCCUCUGCAAUGUCAGGGAAUAUGAACCCAUCUGGGAUGGGUCCCAACAUGGCACCUUCCAACAUGAGUGGCCCACCAAUGGGAAUGAAUCAACCCCGGCCUGGCAUGAACCCUUUCAGCGCACAUGGCCAAAGGAUGCCUCAGCAAAGCUACCCUGGCCCUAGGCCUCAGUCAUUGCCAAUGCAGGGCAUAAAAAGGCCGUACCCAGGAGAGCCAAAUUAUGGCAGCCAGCAAUAUGGACCAAGCAGUCAAUUUCCCAGUCAGCCUGGACAGUACUCGAGUCCAAAUCCUGCUAGACCCAUGUCUUCUCCAAACUACCCAGGCCAGAGGAUGACAGGACAGCAGAGCACAGGGCAGUACCCGCCCCCCAGUGUUGCCAUUGGGCAGUAUUACAAGCCAGAGCAGUUUAAUGGACAAAAUAACAACUUUUCUGGGAGCGGCUACAAUAGCUAUAGCCAAGGCAGUAUGAACGGGCCCUCCAGACCGGGCCCUGUUGGAAAUUACCCCCACUCACCUGUUCCGGGAAACCCCACACCACCCAUGACACCUGGCAGCAGUAUCCCUCCAUACCUGUCCCCCAGUCAAGAUGUCAAGCCUCCCUUUCCUCCAGACAUCAAACCAAACAUGAGCGCUUUACCUCCACCACCAAAUGCAAAAGGGAAAGUUCACACUUUCUCUCCUUCUUCGAUCUCAGCCAGCCACACUGAUGAACUGCGUCUCACGUUUCCUGUGCGGGAUGGAGUAGUAUUGGAGCCCUUCCGAUUGGAACACAACCUUGCCGUCAGCAAUCAUGUGUUCCACUUGCGACCGACCGUCCAUCAGACCCUCAUGUGGAGGUCUGACCUGGAACUGCAAUUUAAAUGCUACCACCAUGAAGACCGUCAGAUGAACACCAAUUGGCCGGCAUCUGUACAAGUCAGCGUCAAUGCCACCCCCCUUACCAUUGAGCGGGGUGACAACAAGACUUCCCACAAACCUCUGCACCUCAAACAUGUCUGCCAGCCAGGCCGCAACACCAUCCAGAUUACUGUCACUGCCUGUUGUUGUUCACACUUGUUCGUGCUGCAGUUAGUACAUCGGCCUUCAGUACGGUCAGUGCUCCAGGGUUUGCUGAAGAAGAGACUUCUGCCAGCAGAACAUUGUAUCACCAAAAUAAAGAGGAAUUUCAGCAGCGUGGCGGCAUCGUCUGGUAAUGCAGCACUAAAUGGAGAGGACGGAGUAGAGCAGACGGCGAUUAAAGUCUCACUGAAAUGCCCGAUCACAUUCAGGCGGAUCCAGCUGCCUGCACGGGGACAUGACUGCAAACAUGUACAGUGCUUCGACCUGGAAUCCUAUCUGCAGCUGAACUGUGAGCGGGGAACGUGGAGGUGUCCUGUAUGCAAUAAAACAGCCCUACUAGAAGGCCUGGAGGUGGACCAGUACAUGUGGGGCAUCCUGAAUGCAAUACAGAACUCAGAGUUUGAAGAAGUCACCAUUGAUCCCACGUGCAGUUGGCGGCCGGUAGCUAUUAAAUCAGAAAUUCACAUCAAGGAGGAUCCUGAUGGGAUACCCUCCAAGAGGUUUAAGACUAUGAGUCCCAGUCAGAUGAUCAUGCCCAAUGUUAUGGAGAUGAUUGCAGCAUUGGGGCCUGGCCCUUCACCAUAUCCAUCUUUGCCCCCACCCCCUGGUGGAGGGAACUCCAAUGAGUAUGUUGGACAAGGUAACAAUUAUCAGGGUCAUGGCAACUUUGACUUCCCUCAUGGAGCGCCAGGUGGCACGUCAAUGAACGACUUUAUGCAUGGGCCCCAGCUCUCGCACCCCCCUGACAUGCCCGGAGGGAUGUCUUCGCUGGACAAGCCACUCAGCCACCCCAUGCAGGACUCUAUUCCUCAUGUGGGAAAUUCUGAUCAGCCUCAUGGCGCCAUGCCUCAGGGCUUACACCCACCUCACCCAGGAAGCCAGCCUGGGCAGCCUUUACAUCACGGUGGACCAGCACCUCAAUCUCGACAUCCACCACAAGCUGCUGGCCAUGGGCAUGGGGACAUGGCCUUUAACCCUUCAUCGGUAUUAGAAGGUCAGCCUGGUGGACAGGGACCCCCUGAUAUGCCAGAGCCAUCGCUGGAUCUGCUUCCAGAGUUAACUAACCCCGAUGAGCUUCUAUCCUACCUGGAUCCUCCAGACCUCCCCAACAACAGCAAUGAUGACCUUCUCUCACUGUUUGAGAACAACUAAACUGCAGCUGUCUCCCCAUUCCCCAGUCCAUAAUCCAACCAAUCAGGACACACUACGGCAGGCACAAUUCUAGGAAAUCCACCCUUAGUCUAUCUUGUCUAACCUUCCAGCAAGCUUGUGGCUGUGUUUGCCUCAGACUGAUAGCACUAUGAGUGACGCUCCAAGAAGGCAACAAGUGGCUUCAGACUGCCUGUAGACAUCACACAUGGUGCUUCCUGGUUUUCCCUCACCGAGGUUUAUAAAUGGAAAACUUAGAAAGCAAGGCUUUCACUAAGCAAGUCACCAAGAGGUAGUAUCGGUGGUGGAGGUCCUAAUAGACAUGUAUGGCACCUCCUGAUGCCCAGUGCUAUUCCCCUUUUCCCACACCACCACCAGUCUCACACCAGCUGGAGGAGAAGAACUGUACCGUGACCUCGGGAGAAAGAUGGAACAAACACACGCACACAAAGCACAAAGUUCCCGAGCAGUGAGCAGGUUGGGCAGACAUCUUGCUCACGCCACAAACAAGUGCUGAAAUAGAGGACAGCUCUGCUGGGGAUCUCCUGCGUCUUUUGUUUGUUGCUGGGGUACACUUUCUCCUGUUUUUAUUGUGGCAUUUUUAAAGACGUCUCCCGGGCCUUUAAUCAUACGUAUUUUCCUUAGUGCACAGACUUGCACAAAGACCAUGGAACCUAAGGGACAAAAUGGCCUGAUCGUUUUCAUUUCUUUU